CAACAUACCGAUAGUCGAUGUAAGUAGCUAACCGACCAUGGCAACCGAACGAAUUCCGAAAUUAGAUAUCAAUUAGAACCAUCGUAUCGCAGGUAUUACGAAAGUUAGUGGAAGGAGACCAGGAAUUUUGAGGUCGACCCGAGGCCAGCAACGUUGACUUCGCACGGCUCCCAAUUCAUGGUCUUACACGUGCCUUGUGUUUCUCUCUUUUUCUGUUUGUAGUCUUUUCAUUGUCUCAAAUACAACAAACAUGGACGCCGAAAAAGUUGCCGAGCUUCGUAAGAAGCGUCAGUUCCGUAAAUUCACCUACCGUGGAAUCGAACUCGACCAAUUGCUUGAUCUGACGAACGAUGAAUUGAUGGACCUUGUCUGCGCCCGCCCUCGUCGCCGAAUGUCCCGUGGUUUGAAGAGAAAGCCCAUGGCACUCAUCAAGCGAUUGAGACAAGCCAAGAAGGAAGCCCCACCGGGUGAAAAGCCCCGUGGUAUUAAGACCCACCUUCGUAACAUGAUCAUCGUCCCCGAAAUGAUUGGAUCGAUCAUCGGUAUCUACAACGGAAAAAUGUUCUGCGGUGUUGAAAUGAAGCCCGAGAUGAUCGGUAUGUACUUGGCAGAAUUCGCCAUCACAUACAAGCCUGUUAGACACGGACGUCCUGGAGUCUCUGCUGCCCACCAAACACGAUUCAUCCCUCUUUAAUUUAGUAAUCAUAGAAAUCAACAAUAGUAUUGCUAAAUUAACUCCUCCCCCGUUAUACUACCCCGGACGCAACAAUUUUAUAAAUGAUUGACGGGCAU